CACGUGCGAACGAGGCUCAGCGCGAUGCAAAGCAAGGAGAGUUACCACGCUCGCUCGUUCCGCUCCAGGUAGUAAGACAGCGUCUCCCCUUCGAAAAGGCUCAGUUUCCGCGUGGACUUCGUUUCGCAAAGUGAUCAAGGAAAUUUAGUGAAGGAAGUACGGGGGAGUUAUCACGUAUCGGCUAUGGGAUUCGCGUAUCUUGUCUGCUUGACUUUGGUGAUAUGGACGUUAAGUGUUCAGCGGGUGUCCUCUUCGGAAGCUAACGCCACUGUUGCCAAUUCGGAGAAUGAGGAAGAUGCGGAUCUGUCCGAGAUGAACCUGGAGAAUUUCAAGGAACGUUAUCGGCGACUGAUACCCUACAUGACGUAUUACGUGACAAAUAAUUAUGUAAAUUCCCAAGCGUCCACACCGUCGAACUACGGAGGGACUCAGCCAGCUGAUAUAUUCUUGAAAAGACCUCAAUUCGCAUCAGCAAGACCAGCAGUGGAUACCACCAAGAAGAUCAAUGGUUACCAGACAAGCUCACAGAACACAGAAGAGAGAUUCAUACCGUCAGUUCAAUACGACCCCAAAGACAUUGGCGGGGAUAAUGAUUACUUUACACCUGUUAGAUACAAUACCAAAUCCAAUUAUGAGGAUUACAAUAUUCCAUAUCUGCCGUAUCGGAAGCAAAGACCCGUCUACGCGCGGGUGACUACGCCCGCUUCCAGUGUAGAAGAUCAGUACUACACAGCGGUUAGACCCUUAAGACCAUAUAAUCCAUUGUACGAGCGUGAUUACCUGUCGAGAAAAUCACCGUUUAAAGCAGUCGGCGGAAACCAGCAUCGCGAUUACCUGGCGGAUAUAGUGAAUAGACCGCGAGUCAGAGUACCUGUGCAUCCUAAUCGUGACUUCAAUUAUCCUAUCGAUGACUUUGAGCCUGGACGGUACAAUAAUCCUCCGGUGGGAAGGAUUCAGCAGCCUUAUAAAAAUCAGGGACCCAUGUUGACCAGACCACCGAUGACGUCAUCAUACAACUUACCGAGGAACCCUGUUGUCAAUCUCGAACAGAUAACCAAGAGCCUGCAGUUGACUAAUCGACUUCCGGAAACCCUUAGUAAGGAUAACAUCGAUAACAGUCUUAAGACUCUUGUAGAGAUUCUUGCUAUAUUGACCAGUGCCAAAAAAGUAGAAGGUCCAAGAAUCCCGACUGAAGGUCCGCCAAGGGUCCUACAAAAAGUACCAAUGUAUCAGUAUUACAAGUCACAAUAUACCAGGCCCAAAGUAAUAACGGAAAUGAAGUAUGAAGCUACGCCAGUCCCUAUUGAUGUACCUGAAGAACCUGUUAGAUACAAACCAGCAUCGUCUUAUGUUACCAAUGUGAAAUCAAAGGUACCAGCAGCACAGUCCUACAAGCCUGGCAGUUUGAACAAGGUUGUAGAGUAUUAUAGCACGGUGGUUCAAAACGUUGACGAUGAUAACAAAGAGUAUUACGAUGUGACGAUGGGACCUGAGCACGUGGAAGAUUCCACGGAAAACACCUAUAAAAUUACAGAAGAUUUAAAAGAUGAUAUACUGGAGGACGAGAGACUGACCCUGCCUCUCACUACCGAAAUGCCAGCGCACAACUACCCCAUUCCUGAUGGGGUCUCGUCCCACACUCAGAACAUUCCACCGACUUCCUUGAAGUACGGCGCCACCCGGGGGAAACCUAACGUGGACUAUCCAGCAUUCUCCAAGAUCCCGAAGACUGACUUCGAUUGCAAAGAACAACGUUACAAAGGAUUCUUUGGAGAUCCUGCCACAGGUUGCCAAGUCUGGCACUAUUGCGACCUCAACGGUGGAAAAUCAUCCUUUUUGUGUCCCAAUGGAACAAUUUUCAGCCAGGUGGCUCUGACGUGCGACUGGUGGUUUAACGUUAAAUGCGAAUCAACCACUCAACUGUAUGUUCUCAAUGAACGGCUCUACAAGUACAUUUUACCUAUAAUGCCGAAAUUUCCUGAGGACUUUUCUGGACCAGAAGUCGACAGAUAUCUAGAACUAAAGUUCAAGGAGAUGGAGGCGAAAUUGAAAGAAAAGAAACUGAAGAAGCAUCAGGAGGAGAAGGAAAAUCAAAAAUCGAUAAAUAAAUUGGAAGCUCCUAACGAUACGGAAUAGCACGACAGAUUAUACUGAGGAUUAUUGUCCUGCAAGUGUAUCGGGUUCUUGCAGGAGAUAUACCUCGUGCGAUUAUUUUUGCCAUCGCGAUUUGUCAGGGGCAUCGGUGUUAUCGAGUUCGCUCUUGGUGAUUUUGUGUUUUUACGAGUAUUUUUAGUGUCGAUAUUUGGAGCGGGUAACAUCGGCUAAUCGGGUUCCUGUAUUUUUUAUCCUUCGCUCUUCCCUGGCACUCGCAGGAUUAUACAGGACUACGGAAGAGCAUGGAUGACAGAUUUGUAAGGUAUAUUACGCGCGGGUACAGUAUGGUUUAUCAUAUCCAUGAGUAUUCUUCUCUCCUUCUAGUCAUAUUCGUAUUUCAUUAUUAUUUAUAAGAGUCUCUGUGUUGCCGACUAGCCCAUCCUUUUCAGCGCUAUUUGGUACCUAAACAAUUCACUAUAAGGAUGGGACGAUAGUUUUACAUUCCCUUGCAGAUAUUUAGUACUUACCGUGAAAAACAAAUCCAUUAUCCUAAGACAUACCGAAUUACAACUGUUGAUUUCUUGAAAGCAUUUAGUUCCUUACGACUAUAGAUGAACGAACAUAUGAGAUACACCCGAACUUUACACGCAUUCAGAAUGGUAUUUUAAAGAUUUAAGAGUGAUAAUUGCACAAAUUAAAUUUCCUUUUAUACAUGUACCUAAUACUUUAUAGUUAUUUUGUAAAAUUGCUGAAUAAAGUUAUUUAUUCAUUUUGUAUAUGAAAAGCUGAAGUUUAUAGAAGUUUGAUUUUUUGAGUACCAAGCGAUCCGUCUAAUUCUAGACGCCA